UUCCCGCGUUGUACUCAAGCAAGCACACAUGCGUACCCGAAAGCAGAGUGCUUAACUGCUUUGUUUCUCCAUAGUUUCUACAUUAAUCCAUUGCUUUGAUUCCGGAGAGAUUUUCUGAGGAUUUGUUUGGGGAAUUUGAAGGCUUAGAUUUGCAAUGGAUCGGCGAAACGAUCCCAAUCCUUUUGACGAUGAAGAGCAAGAAGUCAAUCCAUUUUCGAAUGGUGGUAAUGCUCCAGGAUCAAAAUCUCGCAUUACUCAAAUGGUGGCUAAUACUCUUGGUUUUGGUCAAAAACAUGAUGCCACUGUUGAUAUACCACUUGAUUCGAUGAAUGAUCCCAAGAAAAAACAGAAGGAACUGGCAGCCUGGGAAGCAGAUUUGAAAAGGAGAGAAAUGGACAUCAAACGCCGAGAAGAUGCUGUUGCUGGAGCUGGUGUCCCUGUCAGUGAUAAGAAUUGGCCUCCCUUUCUCCCAAUUAUACACCAUGAUAUAGUCAAUGAAAUACCGGUUCAAUCUCAGAAAAUGCAGUACUUGGCUUUUGCCAGUUGGUUAGGUAUUGUUCUUUGCCUUGUAUAUAAUAUUGUUGCGGUGACUGUUUGUUGGAUAAAGGGUGAAGGUGUCAAGAUCUUUCUACUUGCUGUAAUAUAUGCCUUAAUGGGGUGCCCUCUAUCCUAUGUUCUGUGGUACAGGCCCCUUUAUAAUGCAAUGAGGACUGACAGUGCACUCAAGUUUGGUUGGUUUUUCUUGUUCUACUUGCUCCAUAUUGGAUUUUGCAUAUUUGCAGCUAUAGCUCCUCCCAUUGUCUUUAAUGGAAAAUCAUUGACGGGCAUCCUUGCUGCAAUUGAUGUCUUCUCUGAUAAUGUGUUGGUUGGGAUAUUCUAUCUAGUUGGAUUUGGGUUGUUUUGCUUAGAAGUAUUGCUAAGCUUGUGGGUGCUUCAGAAAGUGUAUAUGUAUUUCCGAGGGCACAAGUAAUCCAAGCUUUUGGUACCACACCAUGUCAAGUUGCAGUUUUGAUGUCAUGAUUGGCUUGUUAUAUUCCAUCUUGUUAUUAUGUUUUUAUCAGCCUUUGAUGUAUAUUUUUCUGAUUUUCAUGUAUUUUGACUCAUCAAAUAAUUCAACAUUUUCUUCCUCUAAA